GUUCUCAGACUCUCAAGCAAACACGGAUAUGAAACGAUGUGUGCUGGAGAAGGCUGUCCCCGGAACGUCAGGUACGGCUGUUCCUGCGUUCCAGGGAGAGCGACCAAUCAGGUAACGCAACCUGCAAGAUAGCGGGAGUCUAUCCCGGACCUUUGGCCUCAACGGCCUCGCCCCAAACCGGCUGACCACGCCCUCCGAUUCCGGCGGUCGCUAUCCACCGCCGCCUCUUCUCACCACCAGCAUCAGAGAGAGAGAGAGAGAGAGAGAGACGGAGCAGGAAGACGAGAGAAGGAAGGAAGGGAUCUAGGAGAAGAAGGAAAGGAGAACCAAGCUACCAACCUCUUCUUGUCACGGAAUCAAUGGAGUUCAAAACCCUGAGGAUCGUUCAGAAGGACCCAAGCUUAGGAGUGUUCCACCUCCUCCUCAACAACCCCUCCAGGAAGAACGCCCUGACCAUGGACUUCUUCGACGAGUACCCCCGCGCCCUCUCCUCCCUCGACCAGAACCCCUCCGCCCGGGUCGUCAUCCUCUCCUCUGAUUCCGACCACUUCUGCUCCGGAAUCGACAUCUCCGCGCUCUCAACCAUCACCCCGAACCCUCAAGCCGCGGGGGAGCAAGGGCGCACAAGGGAGGCCAUGCGCCGGAUGAUCAAGCAGAUGCAGGCGGCGGUCUCGGCGGCGGAGUCCUGCCGGAAACCGGUGAUCGCGGCCGUCGACGGCGGGUGCAUCGGCGGGGGGAUCGACCUCAUCACCGCCUGCGACCUCCGGGUGAGCACGGAAGGGGCCUUCUUCUCGGUGAAGGAGGUGGACCUGGCGCUCGCGGCCGACCUCGGGACGCUGCAGCGGCUGCCGGCGCUGGUCGGGUUCGGGAACGCCGCUGAUCUCGCGCUCACCGGCCGCAGAUUCUCCGGCGGGGAGGCGAAGGCGUUGGGGCUCGUCCAGAGGGUAUUCCCGUCCAGAACCGCCAUGGAGGACGGCGUCUGGAAGAUGGCCGUCGAUAUUGCGGAGAAAUCGCCACUUGCAGUAAUGGGCACGAAGGCAGUCUUGCUACGAAGCAGGGAGCUAACUGUUGAGCAAGGAUUGGACUACGUAGCUACAUGGAACUCGGCCAUGCUUCCUUCUGAUGAUCUGAAAGAAGCCAUUGAAGCUUAUGUUCAUAAAAGGAAGCCUGUGUUUGCGAAACUGUAAUUGGUAAAUCGCUGAGUGUCGAAUGAGAUGUUCUUCUUUUGCUUUCUACUUCUCAACAAUUGUUACAUCCCUCAUAUUGCAAGAGAAUGCCUGUUUUUCUGUAUAUUGUAGCAAAUAAACAAUCCUAAAGCAAUAAAAAUAGCAGCAUUCCUCUCU